GAGCUUCUGGCGAGCGCGUGCGGAGCGGAGCGGAACUGACCGACCGGCGCUGGACUGAUCAGUUCGUGGUGUAGUGAACCUGGUGGCGUAUGCUGUCGCGGUGGUAGACCAUGUUGAUAUCGGCGGGCAGCGGCCCAACACCUGACUUCUCGCCGGCGUCCUGUUGCGCAUCCUGGAAGAUGGAGCCGGCGCCUUCGUCUGCUAUUAAUCAGUCGCUCAAUAUGUCACCGAACGUUCCCGUUUCCCCUUCAUCAUCAGGCGGUGGUUCGGGCACUGCUCUGUACCCAGGCGCGGCGUCUCAUCCACUGUCAUCUCUGCUCUCACAACAGAGACUGCUGGAGUUAUCCAGAUUUGGUCUCAGACAUUACGACAUUGCCCACCACGUUCUAUCUCAACAAGGCGCAGUCACUAAGCUUCUUGGUACACUUCGACCACCAGGAUUGAUUGGUGGUAGUAAGCCCAAAGUGGCGACCCCUGCUGUGGUGUCGAAGAUAGAACAGUACAAACGUGAAAACCCGACAAUUUUCGCCUGGGAGAUCCGUGAGCGGCUGAUCUCUGAAGGAGUGUGCACCAACGCCACAGCACCGAGCGUCUCAUCAAUAAACAGGAUACUGAGGAACAGAGCUGCAGAGCGAGCAGCGGCAGAAUUCGCCAGGGCUGCUGGCUAUGGCUUGUAUGCUCCUCCUCCGCCCUAUGGCAGCUUCCCUUGGGGCAGUGGGGCCGGCGUAUGGCCUCCAGGGAGCCUCCCAUUACCUCCUGGAGUUUCACCCUCAUCUGUUGGAGUACCUCACCCCGACGCUAUGAAACAGGGAUUCUUAUCAUCAUCUGGUCGAGGGCUCAUUGACAUUGAUGGUGAUGAUUCAGGCUCAUUAGAUGGUGAACAACCAAAGUUUAGAAGAAACCGAACAACAUUUAGUCCAGACCAAUUAGAAGAACUGGAGAAGGAGUUCGAAAAAUCACAUUACCCAUGUGUCUCAACGAGGGAACGAUUGGCUUCUAAAACAUCAUUAUCAGAAGCUAGAGUUCAGGUUUGGUUUUCCAACAGACGAGCCAAGUGGAGGCGCCACCAGCGCAUGAAUCUCCUCAAGCGCGGUGGCGGUUCUCCCUCGCACCGCCUCCCGCACUCCCCCUCGCGGUCCCGUUCGCGUUCUCUCUCCCCUUCACGUGUUCCCUACCACACUCCGCAAAUGGGAGGAGAAAACAGCGCUUUUAAAGCUCUCGCCCACCAAGACACGAGCACGUUGAAGGCACUAUCACAGCAUGCGCAGUUUGAAUCUAAUGCGCUUAAAGUACUAUCACAACAAACCUUCGACGGUAGUGCAUUUAAACCCCAUUCUGUGCUAGAAAACAGUGCAUUUAAAGCCUUAGUACCAAAUUCAGCUGCGGCAGCACUCUUGGCAGCUCAGUCGAUACAAUUGGCUCGUGGUUACGAAUCUCAUUCCGAUUCCGACGAGGAGAUCAACGUUCACGACGAGAGUGACGACGAAGUUGAGAAACAAAAGAACAGAACUAUUUCUAGAACCCCGAGUCCGUACCGACAACGAACAGUUACCUCCAACGACUUGCCCUUACAGUUAACUAAACACGAUCGCUAGAUAAUCCAACGAGAAUAUUUCUUUUAAGUGUCAAUGAUCUGUUAUAAUAAUUAUGCAAAUUAAACACAUAUAGUGCUAAUACUCUAGUUUACUUGUAAAUUUAUGUAAAUAUGUGUAUAAAGCCUGAUUAUUGAUGAUUCAACAUUGAAUCAAUGUAAAUUAAAGUCUGCACAAAUAAUUUGCUUUAUUUAUAAAUAGAAAAUGCGAAAUAAUAUCCAGACAUUGUGGAUUAGCGAAAUAUCUAUUUACUACGUAUAUACGUAUUAGCAAAUGUUUCAUUAAGUUUAGUUUAUAUUAAAGGGUCUGUGUAAAUAAUUAUUUUUAUUUUCAUUUGAACACAACUAUGCAACAUGAAAUCUAAAGCGUAUUUUAUUAUUCAAGCCCAGUAAAGACACGUUUUAAUUGUAAAAAAAAAAAUCACCAAAGUGUUACUUAAAAUACAGUUGUUAUAAUAUUCCUAAUACUGGUUGAGUAUUUUUUUUUUAAGUUAAUGAAAAAUUUAACUAAAGUUUAAGUCUUGGUUCCUAUUUUUUGUAGACAUGUCGUAACACGGAUUAGUAUAUAUCUGUAGUGUUUUAAGUUUUAUUCUAGUAGAAUAAAGUAUAGUGUGAAUAAAUGUUAUCAACAAAUUAAACUAUUUAUUUGUAGUUGUAUAAUUUAAUGUGUAAUAUAUU